UAUUAUGGAGAGAAACAGAUCAAAGAAUCGUUCCCUUUUGAUCAUGGCAGCGACAUUGAUCUCUUCUUUGGCCGUUCUCUUACCGUUAACGUUACUAGCUCCGUCAAUUUCCAUCAAAAUCUCUCGAAUCGACGUCAUCGGCUGGAUUUGUAACAACGGCACCGUAUCCCACGAAGAGGCUUACCGGAGAUCUUAUCAGAUUAACCUCGACGCGAUCAGAGAUGAUAUGAGGCAUGUCAAGUUUGGAACUCAUGAACACGGAGAUUCUCCGCAGAGAAUGUACGUUUUGUCGCAGUGUGUUAGCGAUCUCUCAUCCGAUGAAUGCAAUUUAUGUUGGUCACGUGCUACGGAUCUCCUCUCUCAAUGUUUUCCGGCCACCGGUGGUUGGUUUCACCUUGACGGUUGUUUCGUUAGAGCUGAUAAUUAUAGCUUCUAUCAAGAGCCUGUUUCUCAUCAGGACACCAAGAUAUGUGCUAGUGACAAGGAGAAGUCUGCAGAAUUGAAAGGUUUAGUAAAGGAAGUGACCAAAUCCAUUGUUGAGACGGCUCCAUAUAGUCAAGGUUUCUCUGUGGCUAAAAUGGGAACCCGGGAUUUAACGGUUUACGGGUUGGGAAUAUGCUGGCGGACGCUAGAUGAUGAGUUGUGCAAAUUAUGCUUAGCAGAUGGAGCUUUAUCGGUUACGAGCUGUGUACCAUCCAAAGAAGGUUUUGCCUUGAAUGCAGGCUGCUACUUGCGUUACUCUAACUAUACAUUUUAUAACGAACGCGGAUUGCUUUCUAUGAAUUUAACAAAAGAAAACUUUGUGCAUAUAUUCGUUCUUUCUAUGGUGGGUGUGUUGGCUAUUGCAGCUGGAUCUUGGUGUGGAAAAUGCAUCUAUAUAAGAACUAGUCCAAAGAAGAAGCUUAAAGAGAAGGAGUCAGAGUCUAUAUGUAAUGACUCACACUUGAUGAGCUUUGAGUAUUCAACUCUUAAAAAAGCAACCAACAACUUCAAUGAGAGUUGCAAGCUUGGUGUUGGUGGAUAUGGGGAAGUCUUCAAGGGAACUCUGUCUGACGGUAGAGAAAUUGCGAUUAAACGGCUGCAUAUAACAGGAAAGAAGCCACGGGACGAGAUCCAUAAUGAAAUAGAUGUAAUUAGUAGAUGCCAACACAAGAACUUGGUUAGGCUCUUAGGUUGCUGCUUCACUAACAUGAAUAGUUUCAUUGUUUAUGAGUUCCUCGCCAACACAAGCCUAGAUCAAGUCUUAUUCAACCCCGAGAAGAAGAAAGAGCUCGACUGGAAGAAGAGGCGGACAAUAAUCUUAGGAACAGCUGAAGAUUUUGGAUUAGCCAAGUUUUAUCCAGAAGGUGGCAAAGACAUCCCUGCUCCUUCUCCUUCUCCUUCUUCAAUCGCGGGCACUCUCGGUUUUCGAAACAACAAAUUCCGCUCUGAUAACUCCCUUGAAACCUUAGUCACUCAAGUUUGGAAAUGUUUUGCUUCAGACAAGAUGGAAGAGAUGAUAGACAAAGAUAUGGGAGAAGAGACAGAUAAGAGAGAAGUGAAGAGAGUAAUGCAGAUUGGUUUGUUGUGCACACAAGAGUCUCCACAGCUUCGUCCAACGAUGUCUAAGGUUAUACAAAUGGUUAGUUCCACAGAUAUUGUAUUGCCCACUCCUACUAAACCACCUUUCCUUCAUGAUUCCAUGGAAUUUGGUAACGGCAACGGCUACAGCAACGGCAACAGCUACAGCAACGGCAACAGCUACACCAACGGAAACGGCUACACCAACGGCAACGGCAACGGCAACGGCAACGGCAACGGCUACACCAACGGCAAUGGCAACGUUAAUGGUAACGGAAAAGUUAACGGAGCGAAGGUGAUAAAGAUGAAACCAAUGGACAGUGAGUUGCUGAGAGAGCAAGGUCACAUAAUGGUCGAUUUUAUUGCUGAUUAUUACAAAAAUCUUCAAGACUCUCCUCAAGAUUUCCCUGUUCUUUCCCAAGUUCAGCCUGGUUAUCUCCGUGACAUGUUGCCUGAUUCAGCACCUGACCAACCUGAAUCGUUGAAAGAACUUCUCGACGACGUUUCGAAGAAGAUAAUGCCGGGGAUAACUCAUUGGCAAAGCCCGAGUUACUUUGCGUACUAUGCAUCAAGCACGAGUGUGGCCGGAUUCUUGGGAGAGAUGCUCAACGCCGGCCUUAGCGUCGUCGGUUUCACUUGGCUCACUUCUCCUGCCGCUACUGAGCUGGAAAUCAUCGUUCUUGAUUGGCUUGCAAAAUUGCUACAACUCCCUGACCAUUUUCUCUCCACAGGAAAUGGAGGAGGAGUGAUCCAAGGGACAGGAUGUGAAGCAGUGCUUGUGGUAGUGUUAGCUGCUAGAGACAGGAUUUUGAAGAAAGUUGGCAAAACAUUACUUCCUCGACUUGUUGUUUAUGCCUCUGACCAAACCCAUUCUAGUUUCCGAAAGGCUUGUCUGAUUGGUGGAAUACAUGAAGAAAACAUUAGGCUGCUCAAAACUGAUUCUUCCACCAACUAUGGAAUGCCUCCAGAAUCACUUGAAGAAGCUAUUUCUCAUGAUCUCGCUGAGGGUUUUAUCCCUUUCUUCAUUUGUGCUACUGUUGGGACAACGUCUUCAGCGGCGGUUGAUCCUUUGGUCCCAUUGGGGAAAAUUGCAAAGAAAUACGGGAUAUGGAUGCACGUAGAUGCAGCUUAUGCAGGGAAUGCGUGUAUAUGUCCAGAAUAUCGAAAAUUUAUCGACGGGAUUGAAAACGCAGACUCCUUUAACAUGAAUGCUCAUAAAUGGUUAUUUGCUAAUCAAACUUGUUCACCUCUUUGGGUUAAGGAUCGAUACUCUCUCAUUGAUGCUCUCAAAACGAAUCCGGAGUACCUAGAAUUCAAGGUUUCUAAGAAAGAUGCGGUCGUGAAUUAUAAAGAUUGGCAAAUUUCUCUCUCUCGGAGAUUCAGAUCGUUGAAGUUAUGGAUGGUUUUACGGCUCUAUGGCUCAGAGAACUUGAGAAACUUUAUAAGAGACCAUGUCAAUCUCGCUAAGCGUUUUGAAGAUUAUGUAGCUCAAGAUCCACAUUUUGAGGUUGUCACUACUCGGUACUUUUCACUCGUUUGCUUUCGCCUUGUGCCUGUUGACGGCGAUGAAGACAAGUGUAACGAACGGAACCGUGAACUGCUUGCCGCGGUUAACUCCACCGGCAAGAUCUUCAUCUCUCACACGGCUCUAUCGGGAAAAUUUAUAUUACGAUUUGCUGUUGGUGCACCGUUAACGGAGGAGAAGCAUGUCACUGAAGCAUGGCAGAUCAUACAGAAACAUUCCUCCAAAUUUACCCGCAACGGCCAUUAUUAAGAAUAUUUCAAAAUAAACCACUAUCUUUUUAUUUCGCUCAAUAAAGUCCUCCUCUAUCUUCAACGAUUUCUGAUGGAGGGGCCAUUUUUAUAAUAUUUGUUGAAUUUGGAAUAAAACUUAUGAAAUCUUUUUAUUGUAAUUUGCUCAAGUUGAAAUUAAUAAAAAUUGUCUUACUUU